AAGUGGCAGCUUCACUCCAUAUCUCAUCCCUCAACAUGAGCCUCUGAUGGCCGACUCCAGGACCGAAUCCAGGGGCCAGGAGGUAUACGGCGUCUUGGAUACUAUGCUCUUCUACAACCUGAUGAGCUUCGACUUGGAGACCCGCUUCGAUGGCAGAUGAGUGGCUCCAGAUGGACGUGACGCCGCCCCUGCCCAAGAAUUGGAAGGUGCGCACAUCGGGCGAGCAGAGAGGCGAUGCCGAAGACAAUGCCAUCCUCGGCCGCGUUGAGGCGCUGGAGAGGAGCCUGUCGCAGCUGAAGCGGAAGCUGGAGGCCUCGGAGGUGAGAAUGGACGACCAGGAGGCGGUGCGCCGGGGACAGUUGGACUGCCUCUCUGAGCGCAUCUACCAGGCGGAGAAGACCCAACGGCAGGUGCAGGAGAGGACGGACGACGCCAUCGAAAAGGCGCGGGGCGCUUUCCAAAAGACCGCCUCGGACAUGGAGCAUGAGCGCGCGAACCUCAUGUGCGUCAUCACCCAGGUCAACACCAACUUUGAGCACUUGUCUCGGGAAUUGUCCCAGCUCUCCGACCAUGUGACGCGGACGCAGCAGGAGCUUCUACAGCUGCAGCAGGAAGUGGCUGAGAGGUGCCUGGAGGACAAGACCGGCUUUGCCCAUCAGCUCGCCAACUUGGAGGAGCACCACGGGGCUCACUUGCAGAAGUUAAGGGACUCGCAGCGCCUCAUCUCGCAGCAAGUCGUGGAGAUGCAGUGCCAGCUCAGGCCCUUGAUGGAUCAGGAGAGAUCGCAGAAGAGCUUUUCACAGGAGGUGAGUGCCUACCUGGAAGACCUCGCACGGAAUGCAAGAGACUCGGAGGCCCAUCGUCAGCAACUCGGCGAGCAGAUCGCGCGGGUGCAGAAAGAGGCGUUGAGGGGCAUCGAUGACUUGCGCCAACAGCUCCAGGAGCAGCUCAACGAGGCGCUGCGAAAAGACAGGCCUUUGGAGGAGCUGCCGCGAGCAUCGCUUCCCGCGCGGGUGCCUGGCUUCCGGAACGAGGACGCCAAGCGCUGGCUGGACGGCGAGAGGCAUAGGACCUUCUCGGGUGACCGAGAGGAGAAAGCGAGCCCCUGGCCCGAGCGAGAGGGGGUUCCGGCAUGGAAGGGCCAGCCCUUCCCGCAGGUGGAUUCCCUGAUGGGCCACGACCUGCCGGAACUGCCCAGGGAUCACCGGAUGUUGGAGCUCCUACUGAAGGAUGACGACUGGCAGCCCGUGUCACAGAGGUGGUCGCCUCCGGAUGCCACGUCCCUGCCAGCGCCCAAAGGGCUACAGGAGCAGAGCCUGUGAGAGUCAAAGGACAUCUUCAGCAUUGCCGGUUUCGUGCGCUCUCAUGGGGCGGAAACGCGCGCGUUGGAGGAGCCGCUUUGUGGCUCCAGCGUGUGGGCUUCAGCGGUUUUCCAGUGAGGUGAGGUGAUGUGUG